GACAUUCCCGGCAGCUUGACCAUGUCAAAAGACAAAUAUCUAGAAGAAGAACAGCUGCUCAAACGAAUCCAUACAUUCGAUUAUAUUCGAAUGUGCUUUCCCGAUCUGAAUGGCUUGCAUUUGUCUACACUUGUACCCACUAGACACUGGAAGAAGAUCGUUUCCGGACAAUGCGAAAUGUAUUCCGCAAUGAUAACUUACGGACCACGAAUGGAGUACGUAAAUAUCCCAUGCGUCAUCAAGCAGAACCAUGUGAACAGUCACCUAAAACCAGACUUUUCCACUCUGCAUCCGUGUCCAUGGGCAGGAUAUCAGAAUCAUGAUCUCAGCUCUCACAGUGCGGAAUGCGUUUCAGACAAGUGUGUGGGUGCAGUGAUUUGUAAUUUGAGUUGGCCAACAGAUGAGUUAAUGCAAGCACAACCAAGAGUAGUCGCUCAAAGACUGCUGCGAGAGCUAAAAGACAGGUACGGGCUUCAGCUGAUGUCCGGGUUCGAACCGGAGUUUUGGGCCUUCAAACCUGAUACCAUGGAUGCAUCGUGUCGUAACCCAGCCGCUCCGAUUGAGGAUGAUCUACCGAUUGCAGAACCUGUACCAUUUACUUACGGGGCUGACGCUUAUAAGUCAAGCCUGUUGGCAGUGUACGAGAGUUUCUUCAUGAAAUUGGACGCAAUGAUGGAAAAGGCUGGUGUCGAUAUUCAAGAAUACCUAAAUGAGGAUGGGUCCGGGCAGUUGGAGUGUCCCUUGAUGCCGGAGUACGGUAUCGCAUCUGCUGAUCACUACUUUAUCUUCAAACAGGCAGCCAAAGAGAUCGCACUUCAACAUGGCAUGGGCAUUUCAUUCAUGACUUCGCCUUAUGCUGAAGGCUCAUCGAGUGGAUGUCAUUUUAAUCACUCCUUGUGGACAAGCGAUACAGGAGAGAACGCCUUUUACAACGAUCGCAAUCCAGACCAUCUCUCGGAACUCGCGCGUCAUUGGAUCGGUGGGUUACUAGCUCAUCUUCCGGCCAUGUUAGCAUUUUGCUCACCCACGGUGAAUUGUUACCGUCGGCUGCACAAGAAUCUCGCUCCAGAUGCUGUUAAUUGGAGCAUAAAUGAUCGAUUCGUGUCUCUUCGUGUCAAAAACACCGAUGAGAAAAGGACAUAUAUAGAAAGUCGUCUUCCAUCAUCAGCAUCUUGUCCGUAUCAUGUGUUGGCAUCCACCAUUGCUGCCGGAAUGGAUGGUAUUGAACGUAAACUGGAGCCUUUUGAGCAAGGCCAAAAGCCGAUUCAGGGGCGACCGUCUCCUACUUGUCCACUGUUACCCAAUACCCUGCAGGAGGCAUUGCAGCUGCUGAAGAAUGAUCAUGUAUUUGUAGAAAAAAUAGGUCCCGAGUUUGUGGACUGGUAUUGUCAAGUAAAAGAACGAGGCGAUCUUUUCAGUUUGGGUCAUAUUGAUAUAAAAGAAGAUGCGAAGCUCAACUUAGCUUACGAAAGACACGAAUAUUUACAGUACAUUUGAAGAUGUGAUAAAAUUUAUUUGAUAACGAGUGAAUUCCGAAUACGGUGCUUUGUUCCGCUUCAAAAAUGUCAGAUUUAUAUAGAUUAACGCUUCGCUGGUUGCCUCCUCUGCGAUUAUCUCCUCAACUUUUACAUUCUUCUAUAGUAGAAAUGAACAACAUUUACUGCAAAUGUGUUUUCGUACAGAGUAAACGGCUGCAUGUAUGUAAUAACCUUGCGUGUUGUAAUUCGCGCAAAAAUUAUUACAUUUAAUCCAGCCUCUAAUCAGCAAACCGUGCCUUCUAUUGGUCCUCAUCUGAUUGGAUGUGAAGGUAAGGAUUUAAGGAUUCCCCAGCCAUUAACACCAGUGCAUCACAUGUCCUGCACUUCCUCCACUUGUUGUUCAGUUCCUAUUUCAAAUGAGAUGUUGGCUGCAGGUAAGCCUGUUCGGUUCUAGCUAAGACAACGCUUAUUAGUUAACCGAAAUCUUCAACUAGAAUCAAGUGAAAAUUUCGGGAACGGACGUUCGACCGGAAUGUUGGCAAAAUUUGUAGGACCCUCAGUGAUCGAUGAUUUUGAUUGCGUGGUAUACACUGGCAGUUUGUCAAAACAUAUGAUACAGAAAAACCCCUUGGAUGUGCAGAAAUUAGUCCACUCUCUGUCAGCUCACUAGGUUGGUUUGUUUAAUGAACAAACGUGGUGUUAGGACAGACUGCUCUACAUGCAUGUGCUGUGAAUGUAAGGAACCGCUCACGUAGUCACUGGGAAUAAAACAAGUCGGCACUUUCGGGGUUGCUCCUCCCAGCGACGACACCCCAUGACCGGUUUCAUCCUCGUUUGGACUCAUAGAUAGAGAUAGCCUGAGUUGAGGUGGGACUCGCUGUCUAUAAUUAACGGCUGACACCGAGUUUCACUGACUUUCACCUCAGCUCAGGCUAACUCCAUCUGAUGAAUCCAAACGAGGACGAAACCGGUUAUGAUGUGUCAGCACUAGAAGUAGCAGCACUGAAACACCUACAAUUCGGAUACGAUUCUUGUGAUAAGACGAAUCAAGGUCUAUUUUGAAUUGAACCUAGGUCUCAAUACUGAUUGCAUGUCGCAAUCCAUUCACACAGCGGGUACUCCAAAUCCAAACUUAAAGUCGCAUUUUGACUACAACGCUUUUAUUCUUGGACCGUACCAAUGUUCGUACGGUUUUCGCUUUUGUGAGGCUUAGGACCAGAAACAUUGGCACCGGAGGAUCAAUGGUAGAAAAGCAGGUGUUUGACAUGUCCAGUAGGACGGUUGGGGUGAGAAACAUGGAUUCAAAGGAUAUGCGAAUCAUCACACGAAACGAGCAUUCCGUGUUAUCUAUACCUCAGUGAACCCCCAACUUUACGAUAUGCUGAGGCCAUGGCCAUCAAACAACGACACCUCUGUGUCUGCAGAAAGACGCAUUUGUGACCCUUACUCUGUCAUGAUAGCGGGCCGGGGACAGAUGACAAGGUGCCUGCCUUUGCGUGUGUGUGCGGUCGACCUGUACUUUCAACUGCCUUCAUUUCAUGAUGAUAUAAAUUCACGCGUCUGCAGUACGCACUUGAAAAUAUGCAGAGAAAACUUUCUGACAUUAACUCUUGCGUCACACUUGUAUUAACUUUUCUGGCAAAACUUUCCAUGGGUACUAACUGCCUCAAUAGUCUUUUGAUUUAAAAGCGCCACUGUAUGCUGAUAAGGUGAAACGAGAAUUGAAUGUAAACAUUUGAAACAAUUUGGGAAUCGGUCAUAGUCGACGUAUUCUCGGAU